GUUAUAACCACUACGAGGGGCUUUACUUCAUAUUAAGGUUUCACGUAGUAUUGAAUUCAAUACGUUCUACCAUGUUUUGUUAAACUUUGUGUUUUAGUUUAGUCUGUCUGCUGCUUGUCUGAUCAAAAGAGUUCUUGUUGUUUCGAGACAUGUCAGAACAUGUUGAAGUUUGAUCUCUGGAAUAAUCUGCAACUGAAUAAUUUCACCAUGGAGGGAACUUCCAAAAGUGAGCCUUCUGUUGCUGCUCAGGUUCCUUUCCUUCAUCUUUGUACCACUUUAGAGAAAAUCCAAAAGUCUAAACCCCGUCCAGAUAAAUGCAAGAUCCUUGGGGAUUUCAUUGAGUCAUGGAGGAAGUUUCAUUCUGCCCUCCACAAAGAGAACUCCAAAGCAACAGACUCUUUCUACUCAGCUAUGCGCCUCAUAGUCCCCUCCUUCGAAAGAGAGCGUAUAGCUUAUGGCAUCAAAGAAAGCAUGUUAGCCAAACUGUAUAUCGACGUAUUAGGCCUCCCAAAGAAUGGCCCAGAAGCCAAUAAACUUUUAAACUACCGUGCUCCGACUACAUCCCAAGGAGAAGCUGGAGACUUUGCAUGCAUGGCGUACUUUGUGCUGAAGAAAAGGUGCACCAGCCAAGGAAAUCUCAGCAUCAAAGAAGUCAAUGACUUUCUGGACUCUGUAGCUACCAACAACGGUAGCAAACAGAAGGAUCUUGUGAAGAAGAGUCUGCUGCAUCUCAUCACCCAGAGCUCGGCUCUCGAGCAAAAGUGGCUCAUCAGAAUGAUCCUGAAAGACAUGAAGCUCGGAAUCAGCAGAGAAAGUGUUCUCCAAGUCUUCCACCCAGAUGCUAGUGAGCUCUAUAAUGUCAAUACGGACUUAAACAAGGUCUGCCAGCAGCUCCACAACCCCUCCAUGUGUCUAAGCGAUGUCUCUGUCGGACUCUUCUCUGCUUUCAAGCCUAUGUUGGCAGCUGUGGCAAACAUCCGCCAUGUGGAGAAACAGAUGGGAAACAGCCCUUUUUACAUUCAGACCAAGCUCGAUGGAGAGCGUAUGCAACUGCACAAAGACGGGGAUGUGUACAAGUACUUCAGCCGAAAUGCUUUUGAAUACACCAAGCAGUUUGGAGAAUCCCCGCUGGCAGGCUCACUGACACCUUACAUCCACAACAUUUUUAAAAGCCACGUUGUGAACUGUAUCCUCGACGGUGAGAUGAUGGCGUACAACCCCACCACAGAAACCUUCAUGCAGAAAGGGAGCAAAUUUGACAUCAAGAAACUCAUGGACGACUCUGAGUUACAGACGUGCUUCUGCGUCUUCGACGUGUUGUUAGUCAAUGACCAGAAGCUUGGCAAGGAAACACUGAAGAAGCGCCACGAGACCCUUCAGACAGUUUUCACUCCAGUCCAAGGAAGGAUACACCUGGUGCCAAAGGUCGAUGCCAGAACCAUGCAAGAGGUGGUGAAUGCCCUCAAUGACGCUAUUGACGGCCGAGAAGAGGGGAUCAUGGUGAAGGAUCCUUCAUCCAUCUACAAACCUGACAAGCGGGGGGAGGGAUGGUUGAAAAUAAAGCCAGAAUAUGUUGAUGGUUUGAUGGAUGAGCUUGAUGUGAUAAUUGUUGGUGGCUACUGGGGGAAAGGGAGACGGGGUGGGAUGGUGUCCCAUUUCUUAUGUGCCGUUGCCGAAGCUCCAAAGCCUGGCGAGAAACCCUCCGUUUUCCACACUAUCUGCCGCAUCGGCUCUGGCUACACCAUGAAGGAGUUGUAUGACCUUGGUUUAAAGCUAGCGAAGCAUUGGAAAGUCUAUCGGAAAAAUGACCCACCAGCAUCCAUCUUGUGUGGAACAGAGAAACCAGAAGUUUACAUCGAACCCUGCAACUCGGUCAUCCUCCAAGUCAGGGCGGCUGAAGUAGUCGGAAGCGACAUGUAUAAAACCAACUGCACCCUGCGCUUCCCCAGGAUCGAGAAGAUCCGCGACGACAAGGAGUGGCACCAGUGCAUGACCCUGGCAGAGCUGGAUCAGUUACGCGGUAAGGCGUCUGGGAAACUCGCCUCGCGGCACCUUCACAUCGAUGGCAACGAAGCGCAAAAGAAGAAGCGCAAGCUGACAAUCAAACCCAGGAAAGUGGUCGGGAUCAUCGACCACUUCAAGCCCCAGGACCUCUCCGGGGUUACCAAGGAGACAGAUAUGUUUGAGGAUGUGGAGUUCUGUAUCCUGAACGGCACAGAGGAGCAACCCAAGGCAGAGCUGGAAAAGGGCGUGGCCAGAUGUGGUGGUAUCGUGGUUCAAAACCCAGGACGGGACACCUACUGCGUGAUUGCUGGCAUGGAGAACAUGCGUGUGAAGAACCUGGUUUCGUCCGACCAGCAUGACGUGGUGUGGGCCGACUGGCUGCUGGAGUGCCUGGGCCAGAAGGAAGUGGUCCCAUGGCAACCACGUCACAUGAUCCACAUGUCUCCCUCCACUAAGGAGCACUUUGCCAAGGAGUAUGACAGCUACGGCGACAGCUACUUCGUGGACACAGACGAGCAGCAGCUGAAGGAGGUGUUUGGCCGGAUCAGCAACGAGGACGCGUCUGUGGCGGUGAACAUCUGCCAGGUGGAGCAGCGCUAUGGCUGGGAGGACCUUCCCAGCAGCAUGUUCAGACCCUUCGAGGUUUACAUGGACAGCUACACCGACAUAGGAGACCCUGAAACCGCCACACCCGCCUCCUCUUUGGACAUCAGGGCGCUGGAGUUUUGUUACCAUGGAGGGACGGUGGUGCAGAAGUUGGAGGAAGGAGUCUCUCACGUCAUUAUCACAGAGGAAACAAGACUUCUGCAUUUAAGGACUCAGAGACGCUGCUUUAGGAAGAAGUUUAAGAUUGUAAGAGAAUCAUGGGUGACUGAUUCAAUCAAAGCAGGGCAUGUGAUGAAUGACACUGACUACUUAGUUUGAAGAGUUUUCUGGUGAUAUUCACAGGAUUCACGUUGACACUGGAGAGAAAUCCAGCUAGUAUUUUAUUACAUUUACAAUAAGAUUAGCAAUAAACUUUAUAUUAAAAGUUAAAAAAACAAAUCCAAACCAAAUCCCUGUUAAGGUUGAGAUAAGCGAUGAGAUUUUAAACUGAACUGUUCUGUAUAGGGAUGCAACUUUUAUGAGUUUUAUUUUUUCUGUUCUUAAUGAGUGAUUACGGCUGAUUGUUAUUAGUUUUAAAUGAAUAGGCAGCGGUAAAAGCCCAGAAGGCAAUGAAUGGUUUUUACAUUUUAAAAGUUAGAACUUCAUUAUGAAGCAUUCAAAUGCAGAAACUGAUUUAAACAUUUUAUAGAAAGGAAAAUAGUUUUAGUUAACAAAUUGAGGGGUUUUGUUUUAUGAACUAUGUUUAAUUUCUCGUAAUAUUAACAAAAAUGAAGCUGCUUUCAUCACAACUUUUUACGUUUUAAAAUAAAGUCUUUAAAUAUGAAAUCAUGAAACAAUCCACAGUGGAACGACUGAUAUAAUUUUCAGUCCACGUUGGAGAAUCUGUGAUGAUGGAAAUAUUCGUACAUAAUGGUAUAAAAUAGGUCUAUUCUUAUUUUCAAAUUAGUAGUGCACCUAAAUGAAAUUGGUGGACUUGAAUGGUUAAAAUCAAACCAGCAGAAACUGAGAUAUUCUGACUUUUAGUCCCUAUUAUUAGUCAAGCUCCAAAAACAUCCCACAUUUCCCAUAAUGCAACUGGAUAGUGUCUUUCAUUAGACCUCCCUUGCCACCUAAAUGUCUUCCUCUUUCAAACCCCACACCUCCACUUUCAGUCUCUGUCUCUGCAGUACUUUUUGUGAACUUUGUGUGUGAAAUAGGUGGAAGCAAGAAAGUGAGAUUAUUGUGCUUGAACAUCUUGCCUUUUUGCCAUUUGUGCAUUUUUGCUUUUAUGUCUGUUUACAUGCUAAGCACAACUCUAAUAAAUAUCUUGAAUUUGUUUAAAAUAA